UCGCAUGGCAAGAACUAACAGCAAAGUAAACACAAAAUUCAGCAAAAAAUACGAAAAGAAAGAAUUUGCGUUGAAUUUCGAUUCGUGUUUCGUAUUUCGUAUUUCGUGCUUCGUGUGUUUCGUGUCCGGGUUCGCAGCUUGUCUUGACCCCGGCUGGUUCCACUGUAAGCUGCUCUCUGGCUACGUGACGAAGUCAAUCAAAUUAUAAGUUAAUGAGCUCUAACGCUAUUAAAAACUAAAAGUUUGACUUAAAUCUGCAAUCCACACUAUGCAGCAUAGAUUGAAAUAACCAAAAGAUAUAAGAGAAAUAUUGAAAACGAAUUGAGAUUAAUAAAUAAUUACAAAAAGUGCAACAACAAGUUAACAAAACGGCAACAAUUAGUGCGCAAAGCUGCAAAUCUAUGAGUUUUGUAAGCCAAAGGACUACGAACAUUGAGUUUCAAUUGCUGCCGAACAGAUAACAAUAAAUAAAAGUGUUUUUUUAAGGCCAAAUAACGCGUUUCGAUUAGAGCCAAGUUUUGUUAAAGAAUAAAGUCGAAGAUGGCCAAGUACUAUAUGACCCUGGCUCUGCUGCUCUGCCUGGCCUUAGAGAACAACAACAUCUAUGCGCGCUCGCAUCCCGGUGGCUCGGACGAGGCAGGCAGCCUGCCUCUGGUGCGCGCUCAUCCGCAUUCGCGGCAUCAGCCGCAUCAGCAUUCGCAGCACCUGCAGCACCAACACGUACAGCAGCUGCAGCAGCAUCACACACGCCAGCAACGCGAUCGUCAGCCGAAACGCAUUGCCCCGGAUCCGACCAGCGAGGAGGAGGAACUGAAUCAGCUUCACUACGAGCAGCGACUGAGGCGGCAUCUGCGCAGGCAGCGCGAGCAUCAGCUGGAGCAGGAGCGCAGCUAUCAUCGCGUCUCUGCCACACAGCUGAAGACCAGUCCCAAGCUGUGGCAGCUGCUCAGCCAGGGCUAUGAGUUUGACGACAAGGAGCAGGAGCAGGAUCAGGACCAGGAGCAGGACCUCUCUGAGAUUUUUCCGCCUAUGUCCAAUGAUGCGCCCGCUGAUGAGCUGAUGCAGAACGAGGAUCCACAGGACUUUAUUCGCAACGAGCUGCAGCUGAACUUGGCCGAGCCAGCACCACCAGUUGUUCUUGAGGAUGCCACUGCAGCUCAUAAUGCCAGCAGCCAUACCAAUGGCACAGCCUCGAGUGGCUGCCCCAAGUGCGAGAGCAAUCGCCAAGUGGAGCACAUCACGGAGGAAGAGCUGCGACGUCUUCGCAUCGAGUUUGUUAAGCAGCAAAUUCUCGAGAAACUGCGCCUCAAGGAGAGUCCCAAUGUGUCCGCCAUCGAGCUGCCACGCCCCAUUUUCGAGGGCGUCACGCUGCAGCAUACAGAAGAAUCCAACAAGAACAAGGACUACGAUGAUUACUACGCGCGCACCAAUCAGAAAUUUAUACUCCUUCAAAGAGAAGAAACCGAGUGCCGUCGCUUAGGCGCGCAUCCUUCGAUGUGCUUCAGCUUUAAGAUUGACGAUAUGGAUGCGGAUGGCUUCGAUGUGAGCAGCGCAGUUCUGUGGCUCUACAAGAACAAGCAGAACUACACCAAGUCGAGCAACGAGAGCCAGUCGAACGGGCAGCAGCAGAAGCAGCAGACGCUGCUUGUAUCCGAGGUGGAGCAGCAACUUGACUCCAAGUAUUUGCCAUUGGCCAAGACCAUAGCCAUACAGUCGGUGGACGUGCAAGAUGAAUGGAUGAAGAUCAAUAUUGAAUGGCCGAUCAAGCGCUGGUUCGGCAAUCACGAUCUCAGCCAUCUGAUACAGAUCACCUGCGAGUCGUGCGACAUCGCGAGCAUGGAGGAGAUCAUCUCGGUGAACAACAACUACAGACCGUUCAUAAUGAUCGAUACACAGAAUCGACGCAGCAAAUCCCGGCAGAAGCGCAACAUCAACUGCUCGAGCGGCGUCACCGAAUGCUGUCGGGAAAAGCUGUAUAUAUCAUUCGCGGACAUCGGCUGGGACAACUGGAUAUUGCAGCCGAAGGGCUACGAUGCCUACUUCUGUCGCGGCUCCUGCAGCUCCGUGGCGAGCGUUGCCCAAGCCGCAUCGCAUCACAGCUCAUUGCUGAAAAUCCUUUCAACAAAUGGUACACGCAAACCCUUGGACCUGAUACCCUGCUGUACCGCCAAACAGUAUUCCUCGUUGCAGUUGGUCGUGCUGGACUCCAACAACUCGGCGACAAUCAAGACCUUGCCGAACAUGGUCGUUGAGUCAUGCGGCUGCAGAUAGUUACCAAUCAAAUGGCCGCUCCCUCUGCCACUCUCUUUCAUCCCCUUCUAACUGUAUCAAAUAAGUCUCAUGCAGCAUCGAGAAGCAAGGCUCUCACAAAUGAACGGACAAAUUAGUACUAGUUCACACACACUCGCACACACACACACACACACAUCAUAGUUUAGCUGUAAAAGUUUACAAAUUUAAUUUAAUUUCAUUUUCCAAUUCAUCGGCAUUAGUCGUAAUUUAAAUAAUUUAAACACGCUGCCAUUAGUCGUAGUCGCAAUUAGUUAAUUUGAGUUGAAGCUGUAAGCGUAUGUACUUAAGCGCUCGAACUAUGCCUAAUCAUAUUCUAAUUAUAUUUAAUUAGCCAAUAAUUACAUUCAUCAAUCGUCAAUCAGCCAAUCAUCAAGACUUCAUCUAAAAUUAUUGUCAAUUAGCUGUACUUACUUUUGUCUAAUGUGUUUUUAAUGGCCUUCAGCACUUGGAAAAACAUUAGAAAAGCAAAUGAAAGA